AUGUCCAGUCCUAACCUGAACAUAGUGACCCUGCUGGGCAGUGGCUUGACCUACAGUAGCGCUUACCUCUUUGGAGUUGAAAUACAUAAUUCAUUGACCAGACCAUCCCUGGAGAUGCUGGUUCAGGUGGGUGAAAGCCAGAGGUGUGGCUCACGGGGCAUUGCUCUUGUGGGGACAUUUUUAUAUUGCAAAUUAGGCAGAAUUCAAAGGGGUAUGUGGACAAAUGAUGCAUGCGCACACAGAUCAAUCCUGCCCCAUAGCUCCCCUUCAGAAAGAACUCUUCCACAAUGUCCAAACUGUUCUUUCAACUCCUAAAGUGUAACAUUCCAAGGCAUGGACUGAAGGAAUGUGAUGCAAUAACCUUGCAGAAACUAAGCAGGCUUGGUUCUAUUGGCAUCUUCUGCCUGGGAAUCCUAUGUAGCCUAUGUUGAGAUAAAUAUCUGAGAGAUGUAAUAAAUAGUUUUUGAGAGCCAGUCCAAUGUAGGGAAUAGACUCAGACUGGGGUUAUAAUCCUCAUUCAGCCAUGAAACCCACAUUUCAACACCUUCCAUUACAUGAAAUCUUGAAUAAUAUCUACUAUGCCAAAAAUAAUAAUGACAUGCGCAGCUCAGUAUCUUAAAACCAAACAGUCUGAAUAUUCCUAAAAUAAGUCCAUGAAAACAACUCUCUUUGUAUAUACUUGUGCUAGUGUGAUCCCAAUGGAACUCCGACAAAAAGAUACCCAGAUUUCAAUCUCUGUUUUUGAAAAGAGCAGACUGCCGUUCUAAGGCUGGAGCUGACCUGUUUGGCGGAGCGUUAAUUGCCAUUGUAUCGUUCCUUUUCGGUCCAACCAGAAGAAGAGUUACGAAACAGAGACUGAAAUCAGGGUAUCUUGUUGUUAUUUUGGCAUUGUAUAUAUUAUUUAAGAUUUCAUGGAAUAGAAGUUGUUGAAAUGUCAUACAUUAUUGUUAACGAAUUUUUGUAGAUCAGCAUACAGAGUUGUUUAGUUUGUGAUUUAUCUCUUUGUAUUCCUUGGGUGUGGGACUGAGCUCAACAGUCGUUCCCCAGCACCAGGCUCCUGAAAUUGGCUCCCAAGAUGUGAACAGGACCAGGAUAACAUUGUUAGUGGCACUGAAGAGAAUGAGUGGGAUCACGCUUCUUCUGUCCUUGUGGCAGAGUGGCUGCCAUUAUUUUUAAAAGGAGAUCUUGAUUACAAAUAUCCCAUGUUUCUCUUGAAACUUAGCUUUACGGACCUCUGUGUUUUUAUUUCUCUCCCCUCCUCCUUCUCCUCCACAACCCAACACGUACCCCUACAGGUGAGAAUCAGCUUGUUGUGUAUUGGGGUCUCUCUGGCUUUCGGCCCCAUUCUAGGGAAAAGUUGGCGGUUGUAUAAGGUGUUCAGUCGGCAAGUUCCAGACAAGAGAGUGGUGAGUUCUUACAAUGUACAUUCAGCUGUCAGAAACAAAUAAGACUGGGCCACAGUUAUUGGGACUGAAAUAUACAUGUUGGAAGCCGUCACCAUGUAUGGGGCCGGAUUCAGUGGCCCCUGGACAAAGUGCCCUCAGUGAGACCUGCUACCUGGCGGCAGAAGGCCUCACCUAGGGAUGCCCCCUCCCUCCUGUCAGUGGAACUUUCCUUCAGCAGUGCUGGGCUCAGAACAUGGCAGGUGGUUGUAGAGGCUGGCAGUAUUUUCAGAUUGGUUGGCCUUUCCUUGAAUUCCCAUACAGCUUUCAGCCUCGUGCCGGGAAGCUGUACUGACCACUCAAAGUAGAUAAGUAAAGGUAAAGGACCCUUGGACAGUUACGUCCAGUCAAAGGCAACUAUGGUGUUGUGGCGCUUAUCUCGCUUUCAGGCCGAGGAACCCAGUGUUUGUCCACAGACAGCUUUCUGGGUCAUGUGGCCAGAAGGACUAAAUUGCUUCUGGCACAGCAGAACACUGUGAUGAGUGCCAGAGCGCACCGAAAUGCCAUUUACCUUCCUGCCGCAGCGGUACCUAUUUAUCUACUUGCGCUGUGGUGUCUUUAGGAUAUAUGAUUUAUUUGCACAUAUAAAGCCUGAGCCUGAUGGAGGGGCGGCCAGGAUUCUGUCCCUCCCACGGCUGCUGCUGACUUGGAUUCAAACUGGCAGCCCACAUUACUCUGACCGGACCCCACCUUUCUCCAGCUUGCAAACUGCAACUAUCUUUUCCUUUUGCUUACAUCAGGCAAAACUGCAAUCCCAAAAACUCUACCACUGACCUUGAUCUUCUACCUAACUCUGAGGUCAGGGAAGGGCUUCACCCAUUUUCCUGCUGGUGCAGUUUUAGCUUUGCUGACGACUCCCUUAAUGGGCCAUCACCCUCCCCUUUGUGCUCUUUUAAUGGUCCAUCUUGCCAGGCAAUUACUUCAUCAGGAAGCCAGUCUGGCUUAUAUUUUAACAUGGCUUAUAUUUUAACAUGCUAAAUUCAGCAUCUGGCACUCAGAAAUUAGAAGGGGAGUCCAGGCACGAUAAAGAAUUUGUUUUCUGUGGUGUUAUUUUGUCAUCUCACUCUUUUUGGUAUUUGAUAACAAAGGAAAGAUUAGCUGGUCCUGAUUUCUGGCUAUGUUCUCUAGUCUUGUUUAUCUCAGUACUGUACAGUGGUACCUCGGGUUACAUACGCUUCAGGUUACAGACUCUGCUAACCCAGAAAUAUUACCUCAGGUUAAGAACUUUGCUUCAGGAUGAGAACAGAAAUUGUGCUCUGGCAGCGUGGCAGCGGGAGGCCCCAUUAGCUAAAGUGGUGCUUCAGGUUAAGAACAGUUUCAGGUUAAGAACGGACCUCCGGAACGAAUUAAGUACUUAACCCGAGGUACCACUGUAUAUGGUUUUGGGGAUAACUCCUCUGUGUGCACAAAAGAUGAACUGUGAUAUUGACACAGCCGAUGACAAAGUGAGCAAGUUGGGCGUCUCUUUUACAGAUUAUCAAAGAUUUCCAGCUGCUGGUGAUGGUGUCUGUGUUAGUGUUGGCGGACAUUAUCCUGCUCUUGAUAUGGAUGUUCGUGGAUCCAGUCCAGUGUCUCCAAAGUCUCAAUGCAGAUCUGAAGGUAAGAGGAGGAGGGAGUGCAGAUUGGAUGUCUGGACAUAAAUUGUGAACAUGGGUGCAUCACUAAGAGAAAGCUGUGCACCCUCCAACUUUUAAAAUAUGAAAACAAGGAAAACUCUGCCCCCAUAUUAUACAGCACUUGGGUGAGGUCAGGUUGGAGCUUAAUGAUAUGGGGCUGGGGGAGCUUUGAGUUUGAAGAUAGAGCCAAUGCAAUCAUUGCUGUAAAUGUGCUAUAAAUGAGAACUUAAGGCAGACCUUGAGCAGAUAAUUCCCUAGGCAAACCUCAGAUUAUUGAGUUAGUCAAACAUGUAACAAAACACACAUGUAACCCAUUGCUGUGGAAUUUAGCUUGUAUAAUUAGGUAUUUUAGGACACACUUAUCUUUUGUUGUUGUUAUAGAACAGUGACUAUCAGAGAGAAGGGACUACUAGCCAAGCUGCUUAGUAAAUCCAUGCCAGAGAAUUAUUACACGCAAACUUCAACAGGCUUUUGUACAGCACUGUUCCCAUUUUACAGCUCGGGAAUAUAGAGGCUGAAAGAUUAAAAAUGCUGGCUAAUUAGUAGAUUCAUCACACAGAAGGAGCCUAAUGAGGACCAUUCCCUUUUACAAAUGGGAAACAAGGAGGCUAAAGAAAGCAGUGAUUGAAGUGGGUGUGAUUGUGGUUGCUUUCAAACUUGUUGUUCAAUACGCACUCAGCUUGGGGAGAUUUUGGUAAUGUGCAUCAAAGCAGGUGUUAUCUGGCUUGACAGUGCAUUUCCCCGUCACUUUUCUUAUCGCAAAAUGCAUUAUCUUUCGGGGAAGCAGGUUUGUUGUGUAAAAGCUCCAAAUAUGCUUUAAUAGCGCAGCCUGAAUUUGCCAGGAUAUGAUUGAAUCCCACCUGAAAAUAGUGACAAUGUAGAUGUUGCCAAUGAUUGCAGAAAGCAAGCAAACAAUUCCCGCAUAUCCAUGUGAAUCCAUUAUUUAUUCCAAGUCUGAUUUCAGUACUGAAGUGCAAUCAGAAGCAGACAUUUCAAUUCUGUGGCAUCCUGGGCGUUUUGCAGAUGGGAAGAAGCCUUCUGUUUUGUGUUUCAAUUCUCUGCUAGGUGACAGAGAGAGGUUUGACUUGCACAGUGAGCCAAGGGUACUUCUGCACAUCAGUUUACUCUGAUCUUUGGCUUCUUCUCUUUCUGGGAUUUAAGGUAUGAAAUUGGUCCCAGUUUCUCAUUGAUCAUGGCUAUUUAUUUUUAGAAAAUCAACCAGGCAAGGGCAAAGUGUGUGACAAAUGCCAUAUCUCAUUUGGAGAUAUCCCCUCAUACCUCCACAUUUCGCAGACGAACUUUUAUAACACUUGUAACUCAUUGUCAUACCCAGGGCCUCUUGCUGAACAUUGGCCCCUCUGCUGGUACACAUUGUAAAAGCCCUUCUCUAAGUUGUAUUAUGGAUGCAGGUGGCGCUGUGGUCUAAACCACUGAGCCCCUUGGGCUUGCUGAUUGGAAGGUCGGCAGUUCGAAUCCCCGCGAUGGGGUGAGUUCCCAUUGCUCUGUCCCAGCUCCUGCCAACCUAGCAGUUCAAAAGCACACCAGUGCGAGUAGAUAAAUAGGUACCGCUGUGGCAGGAAGGUAAAUGAAUUUUCUGUGCGCUCUGACUUCCGUCAUGGUGUUCCGUUGCGCCAGAAGCGGUCUAAUCAUGCUGACUGCAUGACCUGGAAAGCUGUCUGUGGACAAACGCUAGCUCCCUCGGCCUAAAAGCGAGAGGAGCGCCGCAACCCCAUAGUCGCCUUUGACUGGACUAUACUGUCCAGGGGUCCUUUACCUUUUUAAAAACCUAUUAUUUUAUAGCAGGGCUGGUGAACCCUACUGCCUUUCCAGAGGUCUUCCAACUCCCACUGUUUCCAGCCACGAUGGCCAAUGGUCAAGACAAAUGGAAAUUGUAGUCUUGCAACAUCUAGAGAACCUCAGGUUUCCCAUACCUGCCUUGCUUCUCUUAUUGUAGAGGCGCUUCCUUGCCUCUUCUGUAUUUAAUGCUUGCUAAUUAUCUGGUAAGACUGCAUGGUUGGAGGGUUCUUGGUGGGUGGCCUAAUUCUGACUCUCUCCUUUCCCAAGACAUUGUUGCUUUCAACUUUCCCUUGAAAUCUGCAAGGGAGGAACAGAUUUUUGAAGGCAAUUGCUAGAUCAUAUUGGCUGAACAAAUUUUAGUUUAAAUCAACAGUAAAGGUGCUGACCCUGCAACAAAUAUGUGUUUGAAUCUGAUUAGGUUUCUGCAACAUGUUAUACAUGGGGCUGCCUCUGAAGAUGGUUUGGAAACUUCAGCCAGUGCAGAAUUUGGCCGCUAGUUUGCUCACCGGGGCAAGAUGGUUUGAGCAUCUUACACCGAUCCUGGCUCAACUGCACUGGCUGCCAAUUAGUUUCUGGGCCCGAUUCAAAGUGCUUGUUUUGACCUAUAAAGCCUUAAACAAUACCUCCCCCCCCCCCACUCCACACAAGUAGUUUAAAAGGCUGUAGAUUGUUUAAUUAGCCAAAGGAGGAAUGUUUUUGCCUGGUGUCUUAAAUAUAAGUAAAGCAGGAAAGUCUUCCACAAGCACGGAGCCAUUGGAGAAAAUGUUCUUGAGUCGCCCCCCUCCAUAAGAACAGCCUCACAUGAUGAUCCCAGGGUCCAGACUGGUUCGUAUGGGGAGAGGCGGUCCUUCAGGUAUGGCCGGUCUGAGCCCUUGAAGGCUUUAUAGAUCAAAACCAGCACCUUGAAUUGGGCCCAGAAACAUUAUUUUUGUGUUUUUAUAUUGAAGACCACCCUGUGAUCCUCAGAGGAAGGGUGGUAUAUUAAUUUAAUAAAUACUGUAAUGAAAAUAAUAAUAAGGGGGUGGUUAAUUGGAAGACGACGCCUUACUAAAAUACCCACAUUCUGCAAAAUGCUAGAAGUCUUUUUCCUGAAUUAACGCUUCUAUAACCAUGUGUUGUUGUUUUGUUUCACCGCAGGGCAUCCUCUUGAUCUAUGGGGCCUACCUUGCUGGCCUGACGGAUGAUCUCAGCUGUUCACCUGUCAAUCAGUCCCUGACCCUCAUCAUUGGAAUAGCCAUUAUUUUCCUCUCAACGGGUGUUACGCUCCUGGUGAAUCGUUUUUUCCACUUGUGGCGCAACCUGGUCUUUGGAUUUACCUCAGGAGGAAUCUUUGUCUGCACAUCUACAAUCAAUUGUUUAAUCUUUAUUCCACAGGUAAGAAACUGGAGAGGAGGAAGAAGUCACCCAAAUCAUUGCUAACUGCCCUCUGCCUCCCAGAAAAGCUUAAUACGUUUCCCCAAAAAUGAAAUUUGUAAAGGAUAGCUGAGGUGCCGGCAGUGAGCUGGGAAUGCGUUACUGAGAUAAUGUAGCCUCAAAUAUGUAUAAGAUGGCACUUACCUGUUUGUUAAUCAACCAGUGGAUAGAAACAGCCUGUAUUGUAUUGUAUUGUAUUGUAUUGUAUUGUAUUGUAUUGUAUGUAGCCAACUUUAGGGAAUCUUCUGGAUUGAUAGGCAGGGUAGAAGUUAAAUAUAUACAGUGGUACCUCGGUUUUCGAACAUCUCUGUUGAAAAACAUUUCGGUUUUCGAACGUCAUAAACCCGGAAGUAAAUGCUUUGGUUUUUGAACACGCCUCAGAAGUCGAACAUGCCAUGCAGCUUCCGCUGAGUGCAUGAUCCCGAGGCCUAGCUGCCAGCUGUUGAGUUUUUGGUUUUUGAACGUUUCAGAACUCGAACGGUCUUCCAGAAUGGAUUACAUUCGGAAACCAAGGUACCACUGUCCUGGAAGUCCAUUCCAAAACCAAAGCGUUCCAAAAUCAAGGCGUGCUUUCCCAUAGAUUAAUCUGUUCCAGGCUUUUAAAAACUACCCCAAAAACAGCAAUUUAACAUAGAUUUUACUAUCUAACGAGACCAUUGAUCCAUAAAAUGAAAGCAAUAAACAAUGUACUGCAAUCAUACAAUCAAUCAAUCAAUAGCUGAACUGGGUUCCACACAGUCACAAAAACAAAAAAAGCCGCAAAAACGCAAAAUAAAUAGCAAGAGAAGGUAGACCUCAGCAUAACACUCAGAAUGGAAGGGUGGCACUAAAAAUGGAGCAUGUUCAGCUUCUGAAAAAAGUUCACAAACCAGAACACUUAUUUCCGAGUUUGCAGCGUUUGGGUUCCAGGUUGUUCAACUUCUAAGCCAUUUGAGAACCAAGGUACCACUGUAUAGGAUAAGAAACUUAUCUGCAUGAGCAAUGCCUUUUCAUAUUAGGAAAAAAACGAGAAAAGGGUUCAAAUAUGGCAUUAGCUUCAGGUAUGUGUUGUGUUUACAGACAGAGGCCUAAGCCUAUAAUGCAGCUUCAGGGAUAAAUGUUUUUGUUUUCUUAAUGUUAACUUGUUUUUUCCUCUUUCCAUCUUCGUCAUCUUUCAGUUUUCCUCUAAUACAACUAAUUUAUAGGUCUACAAUAUACUUUAAUGUUCAGCAGGUCAGAAAAUGGAAGGCUUUUGAGAAACAGAAAGAUGACGUCAACAAUAUGGCCAAGUAUUUUACCAGCUCAAGCAAGAACUUCCACUCUACCAUGUACAGUGAUGAAGAGAUCUACCAGCUGCUGGGGGAAAAGAAUUCCAUGAUGAAGCAGCUUGUAGAGGUGAGAAACUUCCACUCAGUUGUGGCGGCAAACAGUUGCUAGCAGAUAACAACACCUUGUCUAGGGGAUUUUUACUGGCUGCCAGUAUGCUACCAAGCCAAGUUCAAGGUUUUUGGGUACUAAAAUAUCACUCACUCAAUCAAGCUCCUUUAUUGGCAUAAGAAAAGUGCAUCGUAUACAUGGAUCAGAACACAACACAGUUAAUGAAACAUAGUAGGAGAUAAAGAUAAAGGGUAAGGGACCCCUGACCAUUAGGUCCAGUCGUGACUGACUCUGGGGUUGCGGCGCUCAUCUCGCUUUACUGGCCGAGGGAGCCGGCGUACAGCUUCCGGGUCAUGUGGAAAGCAUGACUAAGCCUGUACUGGUCCCGGGGGUAAGGUACCUUGGGUGUAGCAGAGUCCACACGAAGAGGGGCAAGGUCCGAGGCAGAGAGCCGGGCGGGGAACAGGAAUGCUGGAACAGGAGGCUGUGCAGGGAACAGGAACACCGGAUGGUCGGGAACAGGAGGCCGAGCAGGGAACAGGAGUACCGGAUAGUCAGGAACAGGAAGCCGAGCAGGGAUCAGGAACACAGGAAGGUCCGGCCAACAACGACGUUGCUCCCGCAACCUGGGGCCGGGCUGACUGGGCUUUUAUCCUCUUCUAAGGCCAGGGCGGUCCCGGUCCCCAGGAGCCCCGCCUCCUCUGGCCUUAAGGCGAGCACUCCUCCUGGGGGCAACCAGUUCCCUUCCUGCCCUAAGCCUCUGCAGAUCAGGAGAGGCCGAAGGGUUACUGGGCCCUGGAGGAGGCUCACCUGUGGCCACUGAGUCAUCAAGCCCCUCUGGGGCCCGAAGGGCUUCACCUGGGGCCAGCUCCUGAUGCACUGCCACAGGUGCAGGCUCUUCAGCAUCAAGGCCUUGCCCCAGUUCAGCCGGCCCUGGAGGCGGGGACUCCUGUGCAGGCCGGGAUUCCUCUGUUUCAUCCUCCGAAUCGGAAUCCCAGGCCAUCACAAAGCCGCUUCUGGCGAACCAGAGCAGCGCAUGGAAACGCCGUUUACCUUCCCGCCGGAGCGGUACCUAUUUAUCUACUUGCACUUUGACGUGCUUUCGAACUGCUAGAUGGGCAGGAGCAGGGACUGAGCAAUGGGAGCUCACCCCGUCGGGGGGAUUCGAACCGCCAACCUUCUGAUCAGCAAGUCCUAGGCUCUGUGGUUUAACCCACAGCGCCACCCACGUCCCAUAGUAGGAGAUACUUUAGGAUAAAACUGUCUAGACAUUGUGAGGUACGAAAAUAGUUCUUAGGACCGAUGGUGACGUAAUGUCACAAGAACAAACAACUUGCCCUGUUUGUGAGCUUUCCAGGGGUGUUCAGUUCACUGAAUGUUGGAUUUGACAGGCAGGUAGGUAGUUUGAUUCAGUGGAGCAGUUUCUAUGAGAGAAUAUCCUUUUGUUUAAAUGAAGAGAUGCUCACAACAUUCUGUCAGAAAACUAGCCUAUCUUUGAGAAGAAGCCAUAAAUGAGUAUUGCAGCUGCUGUGUGUGUCUGAACGCACAUGCAUGUCCAGCACCUUUGUGCAUUCCUACACACACUACCAAGAGGUUUCGAAUGUGCAACCGUUCUGAAUAUGUGCUUACCCUUAACUUUAUGCCCCAAGAAGUUUUUUCACCCAAUGAUGUAAGGUGGGUGGCAAAAUGCAGAGCUUAUUUAUUUAAUUACAUAUUUAUAAUCCACACUUCUCUAAAAAUAUAUAUAAAGAUGGUAUACAACUCAUCAGAAUAAAAUCAGCAAAAAGCAACAACAUAAAACCAUCAGUAAGUACUGAUUGGUUAAAAUGAAGAAAGGGAGGGAUAUAGAAGCUCUGCUGGUAGGGAGUUUUAUGGGGCAGGACCUGCCACAGUAAAGGCUUGCUCCCUUCUGAACCUCAGACUGUGGGGAACCACCCAGAGUGUCCCAUCAGAGGACCUCGGUUAUCCAGGGGGAGCAUAAGGAAUCAGAGAGUCCUUAAGGUUCUUUGGCCGCAAGUUCUCCUCCAUGGUUGCACCCCAUCUAUAGAAACAUUGUUGUUUAUUUGUUGUUAGGUUGUGCGUGGGAGAGUCAUUGUUUUGUUUUCCUUCUUAUUUUUUUUAAAUUAUGUAUUGUGUUUUUAUCUUGUAUUCUUAUGCCGUGAAUUGGAUUUCAUAAAUACAUAAAUAAUUUUUUUAUUGCCAGACAACAAUUUCCAGGCUUUUAGGAUCUAAUGAGAUUUCAGUAUUCAGUUGGAUAUUCUGGUUUUAUUUUGCUUAUUUUUUAUGUCUAUGUGCUUGUAACUUGUACAGUCGUACCUUGGAACCCAAACGCCUUGGUACUCGUCUGUUUUGGCUCCCGAAUGCCGCAAACCCGGAAGUGAGUGUUCUGGUUUGCAAAUGUUAUUUGGAAGCCAAACGUCCAAUGCAGCUUACGCAGCUUUCAAUUGAGUGCAGGAAAUCCUGCAGCCAAUCGGAGUCCAUGCCUUGGUUGUCGAAUGUUUUUGGAAGUCGAACAGACUUCUGGAACGGAUUCUGUUUGACAACCAAGGUACGACUGUACUUGUAAAGGGCAUAGAUAAUUUACUUUGGAAGUAUAUGUUAAAUAACUGCAUAUCUAUUCAUUCUUUCUGAAUUAUUCUACCUCAGUUCUUCUGUAUGGGUAACUAGGCCUAGCUUCUGUUUUUUCCCUGCACACUCUCGCUUUUCUGACAAAUUUUACCUUGGUUUAUUCAAUAUAGAAAGAUACAGCAAUUGCAACUCUUCAAGAGCAAGUGAAUAAUGCUAAGAAGAAGCUGAUGAGACUUGUGACUGCAGAGGAAAAAUACAAUGCGAUUGACUCUCCAUUUCCUUCUUCUUCCUAUUCUGCAGCCAAUUGUUCUUAUGCAGCAGUUGAAAACCCAAUGAGUUCUCCCUUUUCACCUGGUCAGGGGCUAAACUCAAGGCAGCACCCUAGGCUCUCACAUUCACAGUGCAAACCAGGAUUGCUUAGUAAAAAAGAUUCCACUGAUGAUCUGGAACGCACAAAUCAACACCAGCAGAAAAUACUGCCAGAAAUUGCUGUUGGGUACAGACCUCUGAAUGGAUGCAAGAAUGUCGCUGGUCAUUCAAGUGACCAGGAUCAAUGGUUCACCCAAUAUACCACCACACUUAGUAUGGGCCCCCUGCAGGACCCACUCGAGCAGAGUUUUUCCACACCGAGGGAGGAAGCAAAGCCGCCAUGUAUGCCUCAGAGGCAGCUUCCAGGGACCAGCUAUGUGAGCAGUGAAAAGCUUCAGGAAAUAUUGCAAGAGCUAAGUAUGAACCACGUUGCUAUUGCCCAGAUGUCUCCCAGGGGACCUGAGCCAAGUGUCGAUUGCAACAUGUGCACAUUAUGGGAGCCAGAGGAGAUCCAGGCAGGAGAGUCUAUGAAGCUUAGUCCUUGUAAGUCAAGACAGGGGAGGAAAACCCCCAGCUCCACGGCUCCUGAUACUUGGCAUAUUGUGGACAAGGCAACCAGCAGAAGGCAAAGACGUUUCAGUGGAUUAGCAGAAUUUCAUCAGGCUGCAGCAGGAGACACGGAGGACAGAUGUUCCCUGCAUCAGCCACCCUCUUUGUCAUCACCAGUGAUUAAGAAAAUGCUUAACUACAAGGCUGAAAACUGGUCCAAGCAUUCAAGCAACGAUGGGCGUGGGUGGCUGUUAGACAAGUGCCAAGGGAAGAAUGGCGUGUCCACUCUUUAUCUUAGCAGAUCCAGGAAUCUCCGUCAUCAUCAGAAUUUCCUGACACACACAGUGCUCGGCGCUGUCCCUUCUCAGCACUUUUAUCCUGAUUCUGAUUCUGGCAGCAGUUCCUCUGGGAGGCUGACCCAUUGCGACCCCAGGCAGCGCUGUGAAGUUUGCCACGACCGCCUGUCUUCCUCUAGUGAUAGCUGCAUCACUGAUACAGAUCCCGAGUUUGGUGUGGCCCUGGACUACUGUGAAAAGCUUUAUGGCAAGCGUCAACCAGUUGUGA